UGCAGUUUUUCUCCGAAUAUCAAAUGCAUCAGAGCGUGUAUGUGCGUUUCUUACUUUCAUGCCGUUCUACAUAACAUCGCCACAGAUGACGAGCUAUGCAUGCCGCAUUUUAUAUGGCGUGAGAGGAACUGUGCUGAAGUUUGCCAAGCUCUCGGACAAGGCGUUUGCGCCGGUAAAGGGCUCGGAAUAUGCGGCAGGAUAUGAUCUACGAAGUGCAUACAAAUAUAUCAUACCAGCUCAUGGCAAGGAGUUAAUUAAGACUGAUCUACAAAUAGAAGUUCCUUUUGGUACAUAUGGCAGAAUUGCACCACGAUCUGGUUUAGCAUGGAAAAGUCAUCUAGAUGUAGGUGCAGGUGUAAUAGAUGCAGAUUAUCGCGAGGAAAACGUAUGGAAGCUUUGCCAAGAUGUAGCGACUAGGCAUCCUUCUGAACUGCAGCAUUGUCAUGUCGUUUUCGUAAGCAACCCACGACGAAGUGUUCCCCUUUGGCGUCAACGAUCGGGAAAAGACGAGGACAAAUUAGUCGUGUGGGACUAUCAUGCCAUUCUCAUCUACGCACCCGACGAAAGGGCGGUAGUGUACGAUUUAGAAAGCUGCCUGCCGUUUCCCACGCAUUUCUGGAAGUAUGCGACUGAAACUUUCCGAUCUGACGAAGCGUUGCGACCGGAGUAUCACAGAAGAUUCCGUCUGGUACCCGCCAGCGUGUACUUACAACAGUUCGCAUCAAAUCGGCAUCAUAUGAAGCGCAAGGACGGCACUUGGAUCAAGACACCGCCAGAUUAUCCUCCGAUUUCUACACCAACCUGCAAGGAUAAUCUCGAUUCGUUCAUCAACAUGGAACCAGGAACCGGACUAGGCGUUGUAAUGAGUUUGAAACAAUUAGUUAAUCGAUUUUAUAGGCCAAAUGUAAACACACAGGCGCCGACGCCGCCUCAGCCGCAAGCUACAGCAACUUAAAUCGCAAGUUGCAACGCGUGCAAUGAUUGUACGCUUUGAUUAAACAUCUUGAAAAUCAAUUGUAUGGCCUAAGGGAAUUGGUUUGGUGCAUGCACCUUCGUGGGCUAAAAUAUUUGAUCGAAAUUUGAUAAUAAUGUUAGUUAAUUGCUGUUAAUUACGGCAGAAUUUCAAAUAUAAAGUCGUUGUGUAUUGCUGUUUGAGCGGAAUUUGCUCGGAGAGCUCGAACCGCGGUAAUUUUAGCCAAAUUGAAUUUAUUAUCGCAUUGUGAUACUUUUUGUCAACGUUUUGUCACAUUGUAUGUGGAUAUAGAAUUUAAAUAACUUUAUUGAUUUAUUUAUUAUUUUUCUUGUCUUUUUUAUCUCUGUGAAUAUUUCGUACAUAAAUCUAUGUCGUGAAAUCAAUAAGUACAUGAAAUUAUUAAUACAAGUAUUAAUUAUUUAUCUUUUAUUAUGAAAUCAAUAAGUACAUGAAAUUAUUAAUACAAGUAUUAUUAUUUAUCUUUAUUAUUAAUCGAGAUAUCCCGAUUCUAGAUAGAAAAGUUUAAAAUCUCAUGUUUUACUCACAAUCAAAAUCUACGUAUAUUGAUAACAAAAACAUGCACUUUUUGCAACAUAAUAUGAGAUUGAUGUUUUAUUCUUCAAUCGAGUGAUUUGGCUUGUCGCGCAUGAAGAACGAUUCUGCUGAGCUGCUUUUUGAAUACUCUCGAUAAGUGCUUAUGCAUCGUAUUAAUGAACUCCAUCGAAAUCCAUUUCUCUCUUCCCCCCCCCUUCUCUCUCUCUCUUUCUCUCUUUUACUAAAGUUUCCUUCGCAGAAUUUAUCCGGAGGGAUGUUCUCCUCUUCCGGCAAAUGCAGCACAUUGUAUUCGAUCACGUUCUGAACUCGAGUCGUAUUUUAUAUAAGUACUUUCGUCUUCAUGCCAUAAAGCAAUUUCUCACGGCUUUACUCUGUCAGUGGUGUUAUUAUAAUUAUUGUGUCAAAGACUGAUGUAUUUACAGAGAAUUAUCCGACUUGAUAGAGAUCCCUUUGUCUAUCGGCGCGUGCUCGAAGCGCGGGACUCAAUUAAAAGCGCUUAUAAUUAUUGUGCGAUCGAUGUAGUAAGGUCAAGAACUUAAUCUUUGCGACGUAAUUAUUACGAUUAUUGUAAUUCUUGUGAUACUUUACACUUUCUACUUUGAAUACCUAUGCUAUACUUACCAUUUAUACUAACAGCCGAUUCUUAAAAGAUAUAUAUUCGCUUGUUGAGCGGCUUCCCUAAUUGGCGUAUUAAAUUGAAUGAAUACGCGACAUUGUCACGCGACCAAUUGUUAACAUCGAAGAACCUGUUGACUCAACAAACGCACGUUGUUUAGUGAUGAUAGGAACAAGUUUUACGACGAAUGCUUUAAAUUUCCUAUCUGUUCUAUAAAUAAGAGAAAUAUGCUCUUAUCUUAAGAUAUAUUUUAUUAUUAUUUUUUUACUUUACAUGAAAUAUUGAAUAUUUUAUUAUAUACCUAUUCAAUUUAUUAAUGUCUUGUUCUUGUGCGGAUAUGCGAUUAACUCUUUGCGAUUCGUGAAUCGAGUGUGAAUGAAUAAUAUACAUUUAAAUGUUUGCAAUUAUAGAGUGGCCUUCAUACACCAGAAUAGCCAAUCUUGGAUAUGAGUGUAAAAUAAGUGUAAAAUGCUUGCCACCUUCGAUCAGUAUGAUGUAACCUUGGAACGCAAAGGGUUAAAUCGCGUGUUAUAUUAUGCACAUUUUAUCAGAUGUGGCAGUUCAGCCUUUGUGCAGGCUUUCUUCUUACGAUCUCUACGUAUUUUAUUAUUUAAUAAUGAUGUGAAUGUGAAAAGGAUUCUAUAAUUUAUAUAAGAAUAUUGAAAUAUCUUUUUCAAUUUAAUCAUUAGUUACCUCAUUUUCGGACGAGUACAACGGGGAAGUUUAUCAACAAGCAGUUACUAUCGAACUAUCGACUCGACGAGUUGGUGCCGCAAAUGAUGCACCAAUCAUUUUGUGGAAGGACUCGCCGGUCGGAUCGAUAGUUUUAAGAGUUCGUCCACUCUUUGCCUUCCAAAGUCUCUCACUAGUUCACUCUUUCUCAUUGACACAUGUUUACCUCCAGUUCGCAUGUAUCAUGUUACUACGAGCGUACGUACUUGUAAGCGGAGGAGUUACGGUUUCGAAGUAUCUAGUCACAAAAUUGCUUUAAUGUAAAUUAUGAGACAGCAGUCUCUAUGACAGGAUUUUCUUUUAAUGGACGCGCAACGCGUGGUAAAUUCGGGACCGAUCUUCUUAGCGAGUAAUCACGAGAAACUUUAUCAAAAGACAAAAAUACCGAAAAAAA